AUGGCUGAACCAAUGGCUGAAAUCUCGCCGGAAAAGCUUAAUGCGCUCAGCGUCACGCAUACAGAAGACGACAUUGACGCGACGACCUGGCACGAGCCGCCUUCGUCGCCAUUCAUAUCGAACAUCGCCAGCGAGAACCAGGAAAAUGUGGCACCUAAUGCUCCUGCGAAACCCAGCAAACUGCUUCCAAGCUUCGAAGACGAUGUCCCACAACCAGCGUCUAGGGUGUCGCCAGAAAAAAAGCUUGGAUUGAAAGAGAGGGCAAGUCCGGUCAAGAUGUCACCCAAGAAGCAGUCGCUGGGUGAAUGUGAGGAGGGCUUUCUGGGCAGUCCACCAAAUCGUGCGAGCCCAAAGAAGGCAUCGCCUGUAAAGGAAAUGGCCAUGGAGCGCCCGGAGUCUGUCAUGAGCGGUCGGACGCGCAGGAGCUCGCCCACCAAAGCGUCCCGUAACCCUUCAGCCGAUUCAGCCCAUCGGGCACCCGCCGUGUACCCCGAAGACGAGAUCGAUUCGGCACCCACCCCGUCUAAACUUCUAGCUUCGCCGUACAAGGAGAGUGAGUUGCGGGAUAACCAGGGUUUGACGGUCGCCAUGCGCAACAUGGAGCAGGUCCAGAGCGCGAGCUACGAGCGGACAACUACCCACCAGUCUCACGAUGAUAUUGUUGCAGACGCAACGUUUGACGACACUGAAUUCAACCCGGAUGGUCCAGAACUGACAUCUCUGGAAAUGGACGAUACAAACUUCAGCAUGUUUUCAGAAAUGCCAGGUAUUGACAUGACGAAGUUUGCCGCACUUCGGCAAAGUCCUACGAGAAAUGGCCUAAAUGAUCCGUCCACGCCCCGUGCUCGCGCUCAAAUGACACCUUCAACCGUUCAAACCGUUCGACGCUCUGAAAGGACGCCCUCUCCUACACCGCGCCGAACUCGGAAGGAGAAUGAUACCACAAACUUGCUCCUCGACUUCACAGCCCAGUUGGAGGGUUUAUCUGGCCCAAGUCGCAAGUCGCCAGCUCGUGUGCCACCCAAAUCAGCAACUGAAUCAAACUUGCUUUCAUAUUAUCAAAACCAACGCUCACCAGCGAAAGGAAGCUCUUCAAACGUACCCUCUACUCCAAGCCAAAAUCGCCAGCUGUUGAACCUUUUGGACUUUGAACUGCCGCCGCCACCGACACCGCGAUCCAUGCCUACUGUUACUAUCAGAGAGCUGGAAUCGCUAAAGUCAAAUUUUCAAUCCCAGAUCUCCUCGCUAACAGCCAGCCUGUCUGGAAAAGAAGCUCAAGUCGAAUCUUUAGUCAAAGCUGUAUCAGAUGCCGAACACCGCGUUGGUCAAGCGCAAGAGUCACUCCGAGACGAGCGAUCCGCGCGUGAGUAUGCCGAAGCGCAAAUGGAAGACUGGAAGAAGAAGGGCGAGGAAGUGCAAAGGCUCCUCCAAGACGUGCAAGCCGAGCUUGGUCGCAACGACGCCGAGCGCGAACAGCUGCUCACUCGCCUCACUGAAGCUGAGAAGCGCGCCGAAGAAGCAGAGACACGCUCCUCAGAUCUGGAGACCAAGGUCAUCGAAGCGGAGAGCAAGAACGUCGAUAUGACCACUUUCCUUGACCCAGAUGAGAAUAACAAGAAAGUCUACUCGGAGAUCGAGUGUCAGACUGCAAUCGCGGAGAAGGUCAACGAAGUUGCUCGAGACCUGCAUGCUGCUUACAAGGCAAAGCAUGAGAAGAAGAUCAAGGCGCUCAAGGACAACUACCAGAAGAAAGCCGAUGAACGGUGCAAAGAGCUCCGUGUACAAAUCAUUCGACUGGAGCGCCAGGUCGAAGAAGUGGAGAAGAAGAGGGACGACACGUUCAGCAAGGUAGUUCCCACUGAGUACACAAAGACAGACGACAAAGAUGCCUCUGCCACCCAGACAGCAUCACAGCCGGAGGAUCUCAAAUCACUCGAAGAACAGAAGUCAGAGAUCAACAAUCUGAAAGCCAAGCUGGCAGGCCUCCAGUCGGAGCUCGAGUCCCUUCGCAAUUCACACGACAUCGUGCUCCAAGAUCUUGAAGCCGAGCGCGUAGAGAAAGGCGAGCUCGUCGCUGCCGCAGAGCAAAUGCUUGCUAUGUGCGGCGAGAAGAUGGAAGAGAUGCAGCAGGAAGACUUCCGCAAGAGCCAGCUCUCGUCCGCACCACAAGCACAAGCACAAGCACAAGCACCUCCUGCGGAACACGCGCCGAACAUGCGGACUACAGGUUUCCUCGCCGGUGCUUCUGCGCCGCGGCCUGGCUCUGCCCUCGGGGGUGGACGACCUGGGAGCGCGAUGGGUCAUCAACGAGGCAAUUCGGGCAGUUCAAAGCCAUCAGGGCUGAGGGCGCCUGGUGGUGGUGGAUUUGGCUAUGGCGGUUCCUCGGCACUGAACAGGAGUACGAGUGGUGGCAAGAGCAGGAUAUUGAGCAAUAUCGAGAGAAUGGGCGGUGCGCGCGGACAGGAGUAG